UCACGUGACAGGAAGUGAAAAGUGUUCUUUACAACAUUCACUCUGAGCUCUUUGCCUUGCUGUCAGAAGCUGCGGGACUUUUAUUUUGUAGCCUCCACCGACAGGAAGUGAAGCAUGGGACUUUAACCUGAUGAUGACCUGCCUGCGUCCGCAUCAAAGUCCAAACUGAAACCAGCCCGGACCAACAUGGCGGAGCGGAAGAAGAUCCUGUGUGUGGGCCUGGUUUGUCUGGACAUCAUCAGCGUGGUGGAGGAAUACCCGGAGGAGGACACCGACACCAGGUGUGUGUCUCAGCGAUGGCAGCGUGGAGGAAACGCUUCAAACUCGUGUACGGUUCUGUCCCUGCUGGGGGCGCCGUGCGCCUUCAUGGGCUCGCUGGCUGCCGGACCCGUGGCGGACUUUAUUUUGGAGGAUUUUCAGAAGUUCGGUAUCGACGUGUCUCUGGUUUCUGAGCAUGCUCAGUGCGUAUCUCCGGCCUCCGUGGUCAUCAGCAACAUCCACACAGGAAGCAGAACCAUCCUGCAUAUGAACAGUUUCAUCAUGGCCGACUUCUUGCAGCGUGCCAUUGACGUUUCAGCAGUUGCUUGGCAGGUCAAAGGUCAAACUCCAAGUGCAUGUUGCGUGGUUUGUCCAUCCAGCGGAUCUCGAACCGUCCUCCUCUACGAUACGGAUCUUCCUGACGUAACGGCCCAGGACUUUUCCAGAAUCGACCUGGCUCAGUUCAAGUGGAUCCACUGGGAGGGCCGUAACGCUGGCGAACAGGUGAAGAUGAUCCAGCAGGUUGAGACGUUUAACGCCCAGCGUCCUGACCAGAGGAUCGGCAUCUCCGUGGAGAUUGAGAAACCCAGAGAGCCGCUGUACGAGCUCUUCCCCUGCGGAGACGUGGUAUUUGUCAGCAAAGAUGUCGCUCGUCACUUUGGCUUCGACUCGCCUGAAGCGGCUCUGAAAGGACUCUACCCUCGAGUGAAGAAGGGGGCUGUCCUGAUUUGUGCCUGGGCAGAAAAAGGAGCCGACGCUUUGGGUCCUGACGGGCUGCUGCUCCACUCCGACGCGUUUCCUCCUGAAACGCUGGUGGACACGCUGGGAGCCGGAGACACUUUCAACGCCGGCGUCCUGCACACGCUGUCCAACGGAGGAAGUGUGCAGGACGCGCUGACCUUUGGCUGCAGGGUUGCAGGCAGGAAGUGUGGUUUCCAUGGUUACGACGGCAUCAGAGAGAAGUGAUGCGGAACCGGUCGGUUCCUCUGGGAACGUUAUUAGACUGAUGACCUGGAAUAACUUCUAGAUCUGAUCAAUAACUGAUCAAUAACCAAUCAUCUAUAAACAGAAGUGUUUUUUUUAACUUAAAUAAUGAAUUUCUGUGAAUAAAUGAAUAAACUUUCUCCAGCUGAACAGAAACAA